AUGGCGAACCGCGAGAUGCUGUGGUCCGGCGGCGGCGACCGCUCGACCGCGCCGCGGUUCAGCCUGCUCCACAUGGACGAGGGCGAGGACUACGUCGCGGAUCACGUCGGCCUGUGCCGCCCCCCGCCCGGGGCGCUGCCGUCCUCUCCCGCGCUCGACCGCGCGCACGGGAAGCUCCGAGGGAUCGUCCGCCUCCUCUCCAAGUCGCUCCUGUUCGACCCGGACGAGCGCUCGAUACCGAUGCUGAAGUUCCCGCUGCGCGACGUCUCCCGCAUGGACGCCAAGGGGGGCGCGCACGCCGCGUUCGAGCUCGCGUGCGCGCGCGUCGUGCACCUUCGCCCGAACGGCGAAGACGUCCCGUACGUCGUCGACAAAGACCGCGGCGACGACGCGUGGACGUUCGACCUCGCGUACGCGGACGUCGCGCUCGUGCUCGAGCCCGCGCUGACGCUCCUCGCGGUGAGCCGCCUGCCUCCGUCGGAGGCGGACGACGUCCUACGAGAGAUGCGAGAGCGACGCGAAGACGAGAUGAGGUUCGACGAGACGAGGACGCGGGACCUCAGCGAGCGCGUGCUGUUCGACGCGCCCGCGGCGCAGAGCGCGCCGCUCGUGCGCGAGCCCGGGCGCUUGGUCGUCACGACCGCGAGGGUGUACUUUCAGCCGCUGCACGACGUGACGGGGUGCGGCGCGGUGCGGUCGCAUCCGAUCGCGGCGACGAGCGCCGUGGUCCGCCGCCGCAAGACGCUCCGGCCGCUCGGCGUGGAGAUAUUCUUCGCGCGCGACGGCGGUUUCGACGGCGACGAGCGCGGCGGCGGCGGCGGCGACAACGACGGUGGCGGCGGCGGCGGCGACGCGACGGGAGGGACGUUCGGCGGCCCCGCGGUGCUGUUCACGCUGCGGACGGAGGCGUCGCGGGAGGCGUGCGUGCGCGCCUUGAACGACGCGUUGGCGUCCGUCUCCACCGCGGCGAAUACGAUCCCCACGCCGCCGAGGCUGGGGUCGGGGCGACCGGAGCCGCCAUCGGGAACGCCUUCGGCGUCCGCGCUCUUGGAAGGGAGAGACGGGUGGCUCGAGUCCGUGGCGAUGGCGUGGAGGAAAGGCCGCGUCUCGAACUUGGACUAUUUGCUCUACCUCAACGUCGUCGCCGGCCGAGGGUUCAACGAUCUCGCGCAGUGGCCGGUCAUGCCGUGGAUCCUGAAAGACUACGCGUCGCCUACGUUGGACGUGCGCGACGCGAGCGUGUAUAGAGAUAUAACGCGCCCGAUCGGGGCGCUAAACCCCGAGCGGUUGAAGCUCAUGCGCGAUCGGUACGCGUCGAUGAAGGAAGGCGGCGGCGGGAUGGGGUCGCCGUUUAUGUACGGAAGUCACUACAGCGCCCCGGGGUACGUUCUGUACUGGCUCGUGCGCGCCGCGCCCGCGCAUCACCUGCGGUUGCAGUGCGGCAAGUUCGACGCGCCGGACCGGCUGUUUCACUCCGUGGCGGACGCGUGGGACGGCGUCAUGACGGGCGGGACGGACGUGAAGGAGCUCUCGCCGGAGUUUUUCGCCGGUCCUGGAGAUUUCUUUUUGAACUCGCGCGGACUCGCGCUGGGGACGCGACAGAAAGACGGCGUCGCGCUCGCGGACGUCCAACUCCCGCGAUGGUGCGGCAACUCCCCGGCCGAGUUCCUGAGAAAACACCGAGACGCGCUGGAGAGCGAGCACGUGAGCGACAGCUUGCACUCGUGGAUCGACCUGAUCUUCGGGUGGAAACAAACCGGCGACGCCGCCGCCGCCGCGGACAACGUGUUUCACCCGCUGACGUACGACGACGCGCUAGCGAAGAUCGAGGAGGAGAAAGACCCGGCGACGCGACGGGGGCUCGAGGCGCAGAUCGACGAGUUCGGGCAGACGCCGCGGCGUUUGUUCUCGCGGCCGCAUCCGCGGAGGGAGGAGGGCGCGCAUCGCGUGUACGAGGAACGACCGGAGGAGUUAUCCGAGCGCGGCGUCGCGUACCGCACGACGACGCUCAUCGAGUCGCUCUUGCGCACGGUCGAGCGGCCGCCGCCGGCGGGGACGGUCGCCGCGGCCGCCGCGGCCGCCGCGUUCGCGGGGCUGAGCGUCGCCGAAGGCGACGGCGACGGCGUCGACGCGUCGAGCCUUCAACUCGACGGCCUCGACGACUUCGACGACGAGAACGACGACGCGCCGGUGCUCCUGACGCCGGAGGAAGCGGCCGCGGCCGCCGCGGCCGCCGCGGCGGAGGAGGCCGCGCUCGCCGCGCGCGAGGCUGCCGCGGAGGCGGUGCUCGUCGAAGCGGGCGUGCGCGUCGGGAUGGACCCGGACGUCGACGCGCGCGGACUGAAAAAGGUUUGGACGUCGAGAGCGCACCGCGUCGAGGUCGCCGCGGUCGCGUUCGCCGGGGAGAUGUCCUCGCGGGACGCGCGGUCGAAGUGCAGGGUCAUCACCGUGGGCAGGGACUCCGCGUUGAAAGCGUCGUGCGCGACGGACGGCGCCUCGAAGCACGUCAGCGAAGCCGGCGCGGUCGGGAAAGCGCCGUUGUCCUCGCUCGCGCUCUGGCCGCCGUCGUCGUCCGCGAACGGCGCGACGGCGACCGUUUUCGCGGGUUCGUACGACGGCGCCGUCCGCGCGUACGCGCUGAGCGUCAACGGAAAAGACUACGGCGUCGUCGGGAGACUCCCCGCGCACGACGCCGCCGUCGCCGCCGUCGCGAUACCCGCGCUCGAUCGAUCGAAGCUCUUCACGGCGUCGUGGGACGGCGCCGUGCGCGCGUGGGACGUCGGCGCCGGCGGCGUCCUCGGCGGCGCGUUCGCCGCGAGGGUGCUGCAAUCGAGCUCGAGCUCGGCACCCCCGCUCGGCGCGGUCGGCACCCCCGCGCGUCGAGCGCGGCGCGCGGGCGCCGCGCCGUGGGUCGCGUCCACGUCCGACUUGAACGCGGAAGCGUGGUGCCUGGCGUGCGACCCGACCGGGGACACGGUCUUCGCCGGCGGCGAGGACGGCGCCGCGAUCGCGUGGGACCCGAGGUACCGCCACGCGGCGUGGCGCGCGGACGCGUGCCCGUCCGGACGAGGCGUGCACGCGCUGAGCGUGAUGCCGUGCCGCACGCGCGUCGCCGCCGCGUGCGGAGACGGCGUCGUUCGAACGCUCGAACUUCGCAUGUGCGGCGAGAGCUCCGCGGAGAUGAACCUCGGGAUCGGGCCGCUGUCGUGCGUCCUCUCGAACGGCGCGCGCGGGGUGCUCGCGGGAGGGAAGAAGCACGAGGGGAUCGUCGCGUGGGACCCGGACGGAUUUCACCCGGAGAGGUGUUUCCGCGUCGCCGGCGUCGACGGUCCGCGCGGCGCCGGGGUGUCGUGCGCGUCCGUCGCGUCGGACGGCGGCGCGCUCGUAUUAGGCUGGGACGACGGCUCCGUGGGGGUGUUCGCGGAGACGUGA